CAAUGUUGUCCUUAUCGGAGUAUGGUAUUUAGAACGUACUGUAGGGAAAAAAGACGCGCUUGUCUGCUUGUCUAUAGACAUCCUCAACCACAUACCAUCGGUUAUUGACACUCCAUUUGCAUCGCAGUGCUUAAAGACAUCUUUUUGACUCCUACACUCUCAACUCCGACUUUGUAAAAUAAUGCCAAAAGGAGCUAAACCAAUCAGAAAAUCAGCACGUCUGGCAGCUCUCGCUAAGAAAACCAGGACAAAUGGCCGUCGAAAUCCUUCUUCAUCAGCAUCAUCUAUUCGCAACAUGAACAGUACUAAAUUGCGCCCAUUGGAUAUUCCAGAAAUCCUCUUACUCAUUGGCGGCUUCCUCGAUCAAGAUGACCUUCUAAACUGUAUCCGCGUUUCCAAAAAUUUUUAUAGGGCUUUUAUCAGGAUCAUAUGGAGAAAAAUCACUAUCGUCCCAUUCAGAUAUCCUAGUGGCAAAACACUGCAGAACCACAAGCAGUACAUUGAGGAGAUUAACUUUGAGGCAAACAACAUCCCAGAGGAGUAUGGAGCGUUGCAAGGUUGCGAUCGUCUCCAAACCAUCAACUAUGAAGGGAAUUAUUCGUGGGACGAACCAAUUUGCUUUUUGAGUAUGAUUUGGGCCCACAGCUCCACCAUCACCAGGGUUUGCCUGGAAAAUGUUCUAUCUUCAUAUUGGCCCUGGAAGACGCUGCUAGAAUGCGUCCAUCUCAAUCAUUUGGGGCUUUCUUUCACAUAUAUAAAUGGGGAUGGAGUCGAUAUAUUUUUUCAAGUCUGCAAAAAAGUUAAGCAUUUGAACCUGGCUCGUGUAUCGAUAAAGCAGCUUCCUAUCAACUUCCUAAGUAGUGAGGGCAGCGAAUAUGUUCUCCCAAGUAUACACACGCUGCGUAUUGAGGAUGUCGAUAUAAUCAGUCCUCCGGAUCCGUACACAUCAUCGUAUUGCGUCGGCAUGUUGGUGAGGAAAUGUCCGGGAUUAUGUGCACUUGAGUAUGGUGGAUACGACCUAAAAAGCGAAUUUGAGCAAUCAGCCCAUGAGCAUUUCUACAGGGGAGCGUUCCUUCAGCACCCUUGGACUCUGAAUAAUUUGACGGAGCUGUCUUUCUUUUCCAUGAUCGUAACAGAUGAGGAUAUGGCGAUACUUCUCAGACGGGUCACUGGGUUAAAACGGUUAGAUGUCCAGUUUUGUGCGUUCGGUCCACUCUCUAUGCGAGAAUUACUAGCGGAGGAACAAGAGGUACUGGAGGAUGGGCAAAUAGUACGAAAAAGAAGGGAUCAGAGGCUCUGCGAUACUAUUGAGGUAUUGGGGAUCAAUAUACCAAACAUAAGGAGUGAUGGUAUUGCUCAAGCUAUUUUAACAAAUUGCCCACGGCUGAAGCGCUUGGCAGGGUCUAGAAUUACGAUAGCAGAGAUUGUGAAUGGGGUACAAUGGGUUAGCACUGGGCUGACUCAUCUGGAAAUUAAUCUUGUGGCAGAUGUUGAUCAAGAGACAGCAGAAGGGAUGGCGAAGGCACGUAUUGCGUUUAAACAACUAGGUAAAUUGACUCAGCUACGUUGUCUUGACCUGACAGUAUGGCCCCUAGAAGGCGGGGAAAGACGGACGCUGGACCUAAGACUAAGGGCAGGCCUGGAUGAACUAGCUAAUCUGAAGAGUCUGCAUACGUUAGCAUUCAGAGAUGACCAUCACCAGCAAAUCGAGCUCGGGGAAGCGACGUGGAUUUUGAACAAUUGGCCGAGCAUCAGAUGUCUGAAGGGUUGCAUGGACUUGAUACUGGAUAAAGAGCUAAAUGAGGACGAGAAGGAUAUAUAUACUUCGAUAACAAAGCUAUUGAGCAAGAUGAGAACCUGUAAGAAAUGGAUCUGUAGGGGCGCAUGCACUUUGUGAUGGUGAUAAAAGCAUUAUUGAUGAUGAUGGUAAUAGUAG